AAGGUCACCCAGCAGAAAGGUCUUCUCCAGAGGAAGGGACUGUGAGGUUCUGGUGAGAAGGAGGAGGGCCCUCCGCCUGCCCAAGGAAGAGGGGAAACCAGGCAGCAUUCAGCAACUGUUAGGCUCUGAGGAGAAGAUUUCAUUUCUGAUCUCAUCUCUCAAGGUCCACCCCCAGACAAACCCUUCCAGCUUCAAGCCUCUCAGCAUGAUUUUCUCCUCUUGGCUUUGAAGCCAGGACCAAGCUCCCACCCACAAUCCUGCUCUCGCUGCCUUUUUGUUUUCUGACGGUACUUUCCCGCACCGCUGUUGCCCUGCCCAGAGGCCUGGAAUGGUGGCAGUUCUUCUUGGAAGCCUAAGAAGGUUGGAAGUCCUUUUCCUUCAAACAUUUCAAAGCAAGCUUCACAUCCAAGAGGGUUCCCAAACGUGGGCCUCUUGAAGAGAGGGGCACGACCAGACCAGUGGGGCAAAUUCUGCAUCUCCGGGACUAUUGUGUGGUGCAAAGCAACAGAACUGGAACCUCAUCUCUGGGGACAUUGCCCUGGAUUUUAUCAUCUUCAGCCAGGGUUCUUCUCUCUUCUGCCUCAUAGCCAAGCAGUGUGGAUUAUCAAGAUUUGUGUGACCCCACAGUCUCCUGUGGACCCUGCAGGGCCAAUGCUAGGGGAGCAAUGUCCGGCGGUACAGCAAGGAAGGUCCAGCCGUUCACGAUUAGCACCAAGCUUUCCCUGCCAAAGUGCUCCCUAGACUUCCCAGGAGAUGGCUGUCCCAGCAUGCCUAUAGCUGCUCUGGAUAACCGGGACUUGCAUCGAAACCUCAAUGAAAGUGUGUCUCUGUAUCUGGCUCAUGCUUCCACUAUGCCCACGGAGGGUAGGUUUGACAGCCCUAGCCCCGUUGAGGAGGUGGACACCAAUGAAGACCGUAUCAACCGCAACUCACUGUCCCGCUCCAUCAAGAAGAUCACCCUGUCCAACUGGCACAGGGAACCUGACCCAGGUGAGGGAGGAAUGCUUCGGGGGCCUUCCCACAACAGCUCUGAGAGGAACUGCAACAACAACAACUGCAGAACCGGAAAGGCACAAUUCAAGGUCCUCCUCAAAAAAGAAGUGGGAAUAGAGGAAGAAAAGAAAGAAGCAAGGAAGCCUCAGGCCGGUGGUCAUUCGUCUAUGGACAGGAUUGGUCCUCUUCACAUGAUUGCAGGCUGUGGUGCUGCAAUUCCCUGGAAGGAGGGUGUCAAGAAUACUCAAGCAGGUGGGGUCGUGGGGCUGAAACCUGGCAUCCAGAGCGGCAGAGGGCUGGCAGACCUUUCCAAGCGGAGCCCACUCAAAGCUCAGUUCAACUGUGAUGUGGUGCAGGCUGAGAAAUGGGUGCGAGGGAAACUCCGAGACCUGAAGGACGGUUGCGGUAUUCAGGAAUGGGAGCAGGUGGCUCAGACCUUACAAAGAGACAUGAAGGACUUUGAGAACACCAUGAUCAAACUGAACCAGGUGGGUGAGCAACUUCUGGUCCAGCCAAACCCUGACGCAGAGAUAGCCAGGCGGCUGCAGACCCUGCGAGAGCAAUGGCAAGUGCUGAAGCAGAUGGCAGCAAAUCAGAGCAAAGCUGUGGGUGGACUCAGGAGCCUCCAAGAGUUCAACCAGAAAGCAGAGCAACUAGAAGCUUGGAUCAGGCAGAAGGAAGAGAAGCCAUUGCUAUCCACCCUGCUGCAAGAAAACACAGACAAGAUUCAGCUUACCCGCCGCAUCCUUGACUUAAAACAGGAAGAGCAGCGGUUCCAGGCUCUGCAUGAGGAAAUGAACAGCCUGGCUCACAAGCUUGAGAAACAGGGGAAGAGUGAGAGCAGAAGCAUCAUGGCUCGGCGCAAGCACCUCAAUAAAAUGUGGCUGCAGCUCCAGGGGACACUGAAGGAACAUCAUGAGACCCUGCAGCUGGCUCUGGAGGCAGCUGCCUUCCUCCAGCAAGCAGAUGUGCUCCUUGGCACCAUCCAUGCAAAGUGGAGGAGUCUCAGUGCAGUGGGGAAACAGAGGGAACAUGAGCCCAGCCCAGACCUGGAUGUCAGGGAUAUUGCCAGCCAGGUCAUGAUGCUGGAUGUGACCAUGUCUCAGCUCACAAGCCUCCAUCCCAGCCUGGUGGCACGAGUUUCUCUCAAGCACCAAGAUGUCAAGGAUUGCUGGGCCCAGCUCCAGCAGCUGUUGAGGAGUGAGAAGCCCCCACCGCUGGCUUUGACAAGUAGAUUGAUGGAUUCCCCAAGUCCUGAGCAGGCAAUGACCACCACUACGAACAAUGCAGGGAGCAAGACUGGAGAAAACCCAACAUGGGGGGUACGAACACACAUCCUGGAAAGCAUGGCAGAGCGUGUGAGAGGCCAGGAGGGCAACUCAAGUUCCCCAGGAAGGGAGGCCAUCACCAGCGACGCCAGGAGGAGGAGGAAGCUUCUCAGGCAAGCAAAUGCUUUGAAGGACCCACUCCAGCCUCAGAACUUCUGCCAGGUUACUGAUGGGGAACUACAGCAGUUGUUGCGUACCGACCACAGGUGGAGUCCACAAAUGGAAGAUGCCCUGGAGGAGCUGGAGGAGCUAUGGGCAGAAUUGAAAAGAAGGCACCAAGAGAAUGGGGCAGCCCUCCGGGAGAUUGACACAGCUCUGCGGCUGGUCGGGGAGCUAGAAGAGGCUGAGUGUUGGCUAGGAACGGUGGUAGGCUUGCUCUCCGAGCCAAGAGCAACAAAGAGCCUUGACGACCUCCGCGGGGACCUGCAGAAGAUUGGCACCCUGGAGAACCAGACUGGGGCAUGGAAGGUUAAGCUUCGAGCAUUGCAGGAGGAAAUGCGGAUGGAGUCCUCCUCAGAACACGCAGCCGGUGCAAUGGUUCAGAGGAAGAUGGAACGAGUGAAGGAAAAGCUGGUCAGUGUGCAGGAGGCCCUCCGGCACCAAGCAUCAGACAUGCGCGAUUCCCUGAUUUUAAUGGAGUUCUUGCAGAAUGUGCAGCUGGAAGAGAUGCUGAAUCAGAAGAACCCAACGCAGGCAGUACCUAACCGGCUCAGUUCCCAAGAGUCUUUGCACCUCCUCCUAACCCCAAGUGCGCAACAACAGCUGAGCAGCGAGGACAUGAGCAGGCCGCUGGAGGAGCUGCAAGAAGCAGUAGAGAUGCUGAACGAUGUGGUGAAGGAACGGGAGCGGGCCAUGGAGGCAGUGACCAAGACAAAGCACCUGGAGGGCUUCGUGCAGGCACUGAGCGAUGGCGAGGAAACUAGGCUGGCCUGGGUCACGUCACAGAUGAAGGCUCUGAGGGACAGGGCAGAGACCCUGGCACAGGACCUCCUCCAGGCAGAGAAAAGCUUUGCAGCAGUGAAGAGCGAGAGAGGUCUGCUGGAGCUGCAGGGCCUGCUGAAACGGCAGAAUGAGAUGGAGAGCGAUAUGUCUAAGCUGGAAGGGGAUAUGGAGGAGCUGGAGAGAGCAAAGGAUUCUUGA